AUGUCCAAAGAGAAACGGCGGAGCCUCUUCGGUCGCAGCUCCCUCAAUGCCCUCACCUCGCACGCCCCCAAGGAUGAUUCCCAGCCCUCGAAUCUGCUGCGAAAGCGCCGCACCGCCUCCUUCAUCUCCAAUCUCUCCGAAAUCUCCCAGUACGCAGAGCCUGCCGCGACCGCGGCCAGCACAGGUGCCAGCACCCCCAUUGCCGAGACGCCUGAUUCGUCGCGCCAGGGCCUUUCCAAGACGCAGCUGAAGCGGGCCAGCUCGGUCUUCAGCUCUUUCCGUGGCUACAGACUGCCCGGCGACGACGACGCUGAGCCGCUCUCGGCCAGCUCCACGCGCAACUCGACCGUCUUUGGCGAGUACCUGUUCGAGGAUGUGCGCCAUCUCCAGGUCCUGCACCAUGGCGAGGUGCAGACGAGCAGCUCCAUGUUCCGAAAGAAGAAGGAGUAUCUGGUGCUGACCGAGAAGCAUCUCGUUCGCUUCAAGAACCAGCCCAAGGCAACUGAAGCAUUCCCCGCAUGUGCCCCAGCCUCUACAGGCCUGGGUGAUGGCGCCGAUUAUCGUAGGGCGCCGUCGUCCCAUCGCAUGAGCACGUACAGGCACAGCCACAGCCCCUCCAUCGGCUCAACCCACGAGCUCCAGUCCCUGGCCUCGGAAUCCUCUGGUGAGCGCCACCAAGGCAUACCCUUGCGCCAGAUUGUUGCCGUGUACCAUCUAGACGACGGCCGCCCGCACUUUGCCCUCGAGCUGUACUACCUGGAUGAUGAGGCCAACAAUGCCUCUUCCAUGACGCUCCAGUUCGGCGACCCCGAAGACAUGUUUACAUGGCUCAAGGCCAUCAGAGAAGCAGCCAAUGCCGCCCGACUUUGUGACGCGAAGCCCAUUUCUGCACAUAAUUCCCACCUGGCUGCGCGCGUCGUCGAGGCAGAGCGUGACUACGUGCCUCCACACUACGCCAUAUACAAGGUCGUCCUCAGGCCUCAAGGGAAAACCACGACCAGAUCCUCGUCGGAUGACUUGACCAGGGUCUCUGCUUCCGUGUGUUUUCUUGCCAUUGGCGUGCAUAAAGUACACAUCAUUCCUCUGUUCAAGCCUCCUUCUCAGCGCUCUUCCAGUCCGUCCUUGGCCUCUCACGCCACGCAAUUGUCGCAUGGCAUUCUAACCCUGACCGAAGUCCGCGUCAACGAAAUCGACGAUACCUUUCAGUUGACCUUCAGAAAACCACUGGAACGACCCAAAGUACUGCACCUGGCGUCGCUUGCCUCGCGUGACAUCGCCGUCCGCCUGCGAUAUGUAGAAGCCGGCUUAAGGCCCGAGUGGGAGACGCGGCCAUUGGAAUUUAUGGUUCCUGAAGACGUCCAGCAAGACAUUGUUCGCCAGGAGAGUCCGCAUCCCAUGGACCCGGACUCUCUGGAUCGGACUCUGAUAGGAUAUUGUGUCGCUUACGAUGUCCAGCCAGAAAACAUCAGCUAUCAGAUUACGUAUCCGACAGAAGACUCUCCACGCUUCGAGCUCCUUCCUCCUGUUGGCUUGCGGAGGUCCCAGUACACGACACUCGAGCUCCUUGCUGUAAUGCGCGCCUUGAGGUAUAACGAAACUUUUGGUGGUAUCUCAUUCAAAGGCGUGUGUCUGGACGUCUUGAACGGACUCAACGACCCAAACGGCGCAGAGCAUCUUUGUCUCAAGACAAAACGUGGAACGUAUGCGCGGCUGGAUGUCGAAGAACUGGAGCGCUCUUGCCUGCUAGUACAGGAGAUUCGCGCAUUGGCCCUGACGAAUCGGAAGCUUCGAAGAAUGGACUUUUCAUCCUGCAUCACACGGCAACCCAGAGAACAUGGAGAGUCUAGAGGCAGUGCGAGAGACCAAGGCUGCGCUAUCGUAGAAGCGCUGUUUCCACUUUGCAAGUAUCAAACAACCAAUGUCGACUGGAUAGCUCUCAACAAGAUACAGCUUGGAGACACGGAUUUGGACUAUCUCGUGGCUGCCGGCGUCGAACGAGCUUGCCAUUUACGGGGGCUGGAAUUGAGUGGAUGUGGUCUUACAGACCGCGCCCUGUCUCUGGUUCUCGAUGCACUGCGUGCACAGGAAACUACCCUAGAGGCCAUUGACCUAUCUUCCAAUCCUUUUCGCCUCACACCAAGCAUAUUCGACUCCCAAAUUGGCGUUUUUGGCUAUCUCACACGCCUGAAUCUAUCGCAUGUUGCGCGGUCAUCUGGUCUCGAAUCUCUCAUCUCCGUUGAGACAUUCCAAGGUUGGAGGUUACAGGAGUUGACUCUAAGCGGAACAUCCCUCAAUGCUGCUACCGUCGACGCAAUCGCCGGCUACCUUGCCAACUACAAGCAGUCUUCGGCCUUGCGCGAGAUCAAGCUGGAUCACUGCUUCCUAACAGGAAAAGACAUUGCAUAUCUCUUGCAUGCAAUGACGGAACAACCGGGCAAAGCUCGUGACCUACAUAUGGAUGUCAGCGAGAACAGAAUCGAAGUAGAUUUGCACAAGCUGACAAAGGCAAUCGCCAACGGCCUGGCCCCAUCCAAACUCACCCUCCGCCUGCUUGAGUUCGAAGAAGAUGCAGACUUCCGAAAAAUGAUACUCGCUUUGGCCAGUAAUACCACCAUUCGACAGUUGGAUAUAUCGCGGGCCUCUCUGCCAUGCGAUGCUUCUGAAGAGACAUGUCAGGCGCUGGAGAAGAUGUUUGCUGAUAACAAAAGCCUCGAGUGGCUCGACAUUUCUGGUGAAGAUUCUCGCCUUGAGACAACCAAGCUGGGUGUCGGCAUCAACCGGGCAUUGCGGGGACUUCAGCGCAACAAGACCCUGCGCGUUUUGCACAUUAGAUACCAAAGGCUCGGUGUACAAGGCGCAAGCACCCUAGCAGACGUGCUCAAGGUCAACAAUACACUGCAAUACCUGUACUGCGAGGACAAUGGUAUUGCUCUGACGGGCUUCACCGAUCUUGUCAACGCGCUUCACCGGAACACAACGCUCCUCUAUCUUCCGACCAUGCAAGAAUCCCGCCAAAUGGCCCUCAAGCAGACAGAAGACCAGGUCAAGUCGAUGCGAGACGACGCGUCUACACACGCCCAAUCAAAAUCUUCAUCUGUUCGCAGCAGAAUCGCAAAUCGAGUGGUUAGCAAGUCUUCAAAGGAGCCCAGUUAUCCAAUGGGUCUCUCGGAUCAAGACAUCAAGGCUGCACUGGGGCUUGUGGAUGAGAGCUGGGCCAGGCAAGAGUAUCGUCUCCAGCAAUACCUCUUGCGCAAUUACAAUAUCGCAAAUGGCAUACCUACAGCCAUGGACGUCGACGAAGAAGAGUUUGAACGGCCAGACACGGCAAGUAGCCUCAGCAAGAUCCUCGACCAAGUCAUCAUUGAAAGUACCCCAACCGUGGAAAAAAACAUACAGCUUGAUAGUAUCAUUCCGGAGAUUACCACGACGCCGUCGAUAGAGAUUGACUACGACGUCACACCUUUGGAAAAGGAGCUUGAAAUGUCUUUUGGCCAAACGUCGAUCGGGUUCCCGUUCUCCAGGUAGCCAAACAGUCAACGGCGAUUGCAUUUUAGCAUCGUUUCGGUUGUCUGCUCACCAUACCCCUUUCACCUGCGCCGCAUUCUGGCGGGUUUUGUCUACAUCCACCUUUCUUCACUGUACAUAUAGAGUUCAUCUUGCAUAUGCCUCUGCAAAGAGGUCGUUUGGCGUUUCUUGCCCACUACGUAACAGAUGGUUUGUAAUGUGGGUCGUUUGCUGGAGCGAUUUUUAUCCCGGGCAAUCUUUUUUGAGUACAUGCAUUUUGCAGGCUAGAACAGGCCGAGUGCCCUUUC